AUGCUGCCCAGCAUGGAAAGAUCGGUGAACGUGAUUCUGUUGGCCCUCGGCUUGACUGCCAUGUGUCUUGUGACUGCCCGUCAUGCGACCGCCUUUGUGGUAACACCGGGCAGUCAGCGGCCGUCCCAGCUGCAGCGACUUGGAAAUGCGGCGUCGCCCGUGGUUCCUUAUGCACCAGAGGAAGCAACUGGUGUCAGGCACGGGCCCGUUUUUUGCAACCUUUGGCCAACAUUUGAGUGCGUUCUGCUGUUUCGCUUCAAGAUGUAUCGCAUGCUGCUGCUGUUGGGUGCUGCGCCUGCCGGUGGAAAGGCACCAGUCGAGGAGGGCACGCCUGCGGGGUGUACGAUCACAGCGAAACUCUGUCGCAAUUUCCCGGAGUACCAGCAAAGGCAAUUCCGGGAUGACCUUGGGGAGUCUCAUGUCGGUGCUGGUAGCAACGAUGCUGCGUGUUUGAAAAGAGCAGAGGACUUCCACCAUUGGUGUGGCAACGGUGCCUCGGAUGAUGCGCAAGUUGCGGCAACUUACGGCAGUGACCACCUCUCUCAGGUCUAUCAUCCUGGCGCUUGUCAUCCGGGAUGGUCGCAGUGGGAUGCCUUUUGCUACAAGCACUUCUGGGAGAAGAAAACCUGGUUCGAGGCCGAAGCCGCAUGCCGACAGUUCGGAGAAGGCUCCCACUUGGCCUCCAUUCACUCUCGGGCUGAGAACCGAUUUAUCUACACGCUGACAAACGGGCUCAGUACCUGGAUCGGCUACACCGACCUGGACCAAGACACACACUUUCAGUGGAGUGACAGCACUCAGGACGAUUUCUCGAAUUUUGCAAAGAACUGUACCGGUCGUGAGCACGAGCCGGACUGUAAGCCAGAAGAGAGACAACAGCAGUGGUACGACUGGGAGGGGAAUGACAGAGGCACUUUCGUGUGCAAGCGGAAUGCCUUGCUUCCGAUGGCACUGCUGCGCAACGUGUCGGCGAGGACGCUGAUUUCGCGAAGCUGGGGAGAGCUACUUCCGGCCCUGGCAGCGGGUGCUGGACCAAGGAUCGGCCAGAACGACACUCUGCCGACCGUCAAGGUGGACGAAAUCACCAAGCCGCCACUCCAAGAGCCCGCAGCUUCAAAGGCUUCUCCCGAGCCCCGCUUGGCGUUGCCAAAGGUGCGUCUGGGAUUUCUCAAAGUCCUGCAAGAAGCUUGGAUCAUCUUUCUCAUUCUGCAUUUUUCGGCGGGCCACGGCCUUGGUGCGCUGGCCGCCGCCUCUGCCCUGGCUGCGCUGGCUGCACGCCGCCGGGGUCGAAAUGAUGCCACUCCGCGAGUUGUGAUGCAGGUCAGGAAGCCCACACGCUACGCCAAGCCGGCGGCGAAAGGCAUGAAGCCGAUGAUCCAUCGGAAAGAGACCAGGGACGUCUUCAAAGAUGGCUUCGAAGGUUGGGUUGCAAACAAGGACAAGAACAUUGACUUCAUGGAGAAGGUUGUCCGUCAGCAAUUGCACGGCCGAUUUCAGUUCCAGUUCGCGUCCCAACAUUUCUUCGAUACUACGCCCAUGUCAUCCGGUAUGUCCCGGAACAAGAGAGAUUUCGGUAUCUACAUGAACCACGACUACGAUGACAUGUUCUACGUGCGGAAGUUCUUGGAGCCGGCCAAAUUCAAGAAGCUGGCGCUGGGAAACUGGGAGAUGCCGGAAAAUGCCACAAAAGUCGCCACCAUACAAGAGCUUGUAGCAGCAGGAGUCCAGUACGGCCACAAGUCGAACAAGUGGAAUCCGGCGAUGCUGAAGUAUCUCUAUGCCGAUAACGAUGGCACCCACAUCUUCGAUCUGGUGCAGACUGCAGCCAAUCUUAACCGUGCCUGCUACUACUGCAUGGAGGCUGCCGCCAAAGGCGCUUCCUUCAUCCUCAUCGGAACGAAGGAGCAGGCCCGUCCCAUCGUGGCAAAGUACGGUGAGGAAGCUGGCAUCCACUACACUGACAUGAAGUUCGUGGGCGGCUUGCUGAGCAACUUCCCUACGGUUCGGAAGUCCGUCGAACUCAUGCAGCAGCUUCGGGAAGAGAAGCAGCAGGGUGCUUGGAAUGUCUUCAACGAGUUCCAGCGCUUCAAGAAUACGUGUAAGCUGGAGCGCCUUACGAAGAAGUACCAUGGUGUUGAGGAGAUGACCGGCUACCCGGACAUCUGCAUCUUCGUGGAUGAGAUCAAAGAGCGAAACCCCAUCGCAGAGAUGGUGCGCAUCGGCGUGCCUUGCAUUGGCAUGGUCGAUUCCAACAACGAUCCGAAGUUUGUGGACAUUGCCAUCCCUUCGAACACUUCGAACACGAAGUCCAUUGACCUUAUCAUUGGCAAGAUUUGCGAUGCGAUCAAGAAGGGCAAGACGAUGAAUGCUAUGACACAGCCUGGGGAACGCAACGAGGAGCCCAAGGAGUGGGAUCCCUGGAUCCUUAGCAGAGACCGCAUGCGUUGCCUUCGUCGCCGUUCAAAGCGCCAGGGCUGGAUGAAGGCAUCUGAAAACCAGCAGUGGGAACAGCAAGUCUAG